ACUAAGCACAUGUUUAAAAAUGAAAUAAUAUGAAUAUGUUUUUUAAGGUUUAAGACGGCUUAGCUUAACUAACCUUCAAUUGGUCAUUGUAGGCUAACUUACUAUUAAAAAGUACCCAGGGUACUUUUAAGUAUACUACAAUGUACUCGGGGUACGGAAAAAUUGCUAAAAAGUAUUGCGAUGAAUGGCCGGGUGCCUUUAUGCGUAUAAACCGAACUCGGGGUUCACUGUCGUACACUUUCAAGUACCCGGGGUACUUUCAAGAACUACCUGAGCUGACAACGACCAAUUUAGCAUAACUGACCAUUAACGUUCUAAACAACUUGAGCUCUAGUCUGGUUCCCAGCUUCUAUUUUAAACAAAUUAUAUACAGAGGGGCAGGUAAUCCAGACUACUUGAGCUCUUCAAUUUGUAGCCCCGAGAGCAGAUUAGCUGUCCGGACUUUAAGAACGACAUCGAGGACGAAGAUGUGGGCGACGUCCACACGUACAAGAUGUCGUGCCCUCGGGGCAGUGGCGUCUUCGUCAUGGAUCCCCUCACUGGCUGCAUUACCAUGACCAAGGUGUGGGACCUGGACGCGGCCAACAAGCGUCUGGGUGAGGAGACUGUUGUGUGCACAGUCACGGCCACCGACCGCCGUGGACUGACGAGCACCGCCAUGUUUAACAUAAAGAUCAAGGAAGAUGACGACAACAAACCCUUCCUGUCGCAGACCUCCUACGUGUACUGCCCGACUGUGGGUUCCACUUCCGGAAGUGGACCCUACUCCGCAUCCGGGACCGGUGGUCUGACAUACGGGGAUUUGAGCUCAUAUGCAAAAGGCACUAAAUUUGAAACGACCCUCAGAGUUACAGAUUCCGCCGGUCACUACGACGAAUCUCCUGUCACAAUGUUCUUCUGCGACCCACCAGCGCCAUCAAAACCCAACAGCGCCAGCGGCGCAUCGUCGGCGUCGGCAACUUCCGGCGGCAUAGACCACUUCCUGUUCUGGCUGAUUCCGGCGCUGCUCCUUCUGGCGCUCAUGGCGGGGCUGGCCGUGUAUGUCAUUCGGCGAUGCAUCCAAGGCGGCCGAUGCGGUUCCUGUUACCAGUCGCGCGCCGUAAAGACGAUCCGGCCCGACCGGCCGCUUUAAGACCCAGGGAGAGGCCAGACACGAGUGAUCACCGCCAGGGAAGUCGAUGAGCGUCAGGCGGUCUACCGCAAGCCCCCCUCAACAUCAACGCCACCACCUCAACCACCUCCACCGACCGAAAAAGGAACAAUCGCUUCAUGCGAUCUUCCUAUCGUUCACUACCACGAACGUGAUGUGGGGAACCUAGGUGCUAUGUACCCGAAGUAUUGAGAUCAGUAAACAGCGAUCUCCGUGACUUUUCGUGAAUCUUCGGAAUGGUAUCUUCAGACUAUUUUAGAGACAAUUCCAUGACUUUUCGAAAAGCUUCGGAAUAUUUAAAAAAAACAAUUUCAAGCCAAUCAAGUAUUUAUUCAAACCGGAUCGUUAAGUGUUAAAGUUUGUGCAUCAUAAUGCUGUUUAAACAUUAGAAAACUGUAAUUUUGCAAUUUGUUUUCCGCGCAAAAAGCACAAAGAGCUCAUUGUAGUCUUGCUGAAUUAUUACAUAUCUCUAAAAACACCUUUAAUACAGCAAACCGCUGUGAAAGACUUAUUUGUACUCUCUUACUCGUAGAUAAUUGAAUUUUUGAAAAAAGUCAUUAAAUUUGCUUACAAAUAUGUUUUCAAUUGUCUUAACUUACCAUACGUGCAAGAACAAACUGGAUUACAAAAUAUUGCAUUACAUGGUUUUCGAGCCCGGGACCUCUGGCAGCAAAAUAUAAUGCGCUAUAAUUGUGCCACGCAGGCGUUCGUUUUUAUGAACGAACAUUAACCCAGUUAUGCCUAGCGUCUAGAAAAAAGGCCUUUGCAAACAGCGUUAACCCAAAUGAGACGCUGCAUGAUGCGGCGUCUUAUCAGGCUCUGCGCUGUUUGCUUAAAGGAAUAUUUGUAAGAAAUAGUAUUAAUAUAGAAAUAAAUAUAAUAGACAUCCCUAAUUUUGGUAUUAAAUUGAUCCAAUUAAGGAUGGGAGAGUCCACUAGGCAUAAAUGGCUUAACGAACAUUAAAGCUAUACUAGUUCGCAGUGCAUUUAUAACAGAACAAUUAGAAAAGCCUUACAUACGCUUUAUUAUUUUACCAAUUUCGAAUGAUGAAUAACCGUUAAUGAACCAAUAUUAUAAACGUUUUCCCAGUCAGGAUUGUUAAUUCGCUUAAAUAAAACAUUAGGCAUUCAAUACUUUUUAAAUCUAUGAUAUUGAUUUUGAAAAUCGUCAUUUAACUAAACUGUGCUCAAGUUUUUUUAAGAGUUUUACAAUCAAGAUAGAAACCGGUACCGGAGUUAAUGAUGGAAUGGCUUUUAAUCCUUGCAGUUACUUAAUUUUCAACGGUACUGCUGGGUUAUGGUAAGGAAUUUACCACAGAUUAUGGACGUGGACGAUUUGAAAGAUUGAUUACGCAGUUGAAUUAAAAGGACAAACAAGAAAACAAUAAUGAGUACUGCCAACAUUUGACGUAUUAACUCGCGAUUUUCUUCUUUUGAACAUGAAAGACAGGCUGCGGAAAUUUGUGAAUAAAACGCAUUUUAGAUUUAUUCAAAUAAUUAAAUAAAUCUUGCCGGACUGAACAUUUCAUAAUUUGACUUAAAUAGAAUCAAGGCCGUUAUGAAAGACAGUCAAAGUUGAAGUUCCUCACGUGAUUGUAAGAGCAGCUUCGUCUAUUGUACCUGUAUAUUUCAUAUUUUAGUAAUUGGUACUGCUUUCCUCUCGUAAAAAGAUUUAUUAAACUUGUAUAUUGCGACUUUGAAGGGAUCUUAUCACGUUUUGGUAAAUUCACAAAAUAAAAACAACAACAAUUGUUUCAGAUUCGCAAAUUUUCGUUGUAGUUAUGAUAUUUUUUAGGAAACAGUACGGUAAUACUAAACAUUUACCAUACUCUAAAAUAUCCAUAAUAUGUAUCUUUUGACGAGUUAAAACCUGAAUAAAGCAUUAUAAAACGUUGCAAUGCGAAACGAUUGAAUAAUUUGGAGAGUUCUGUUGUUGUCGUUAUAUUUUUUGACACUACGAGGAUUGCUUAUACAAAGUAUAAAAUGCAUCACUUAUUGUAUGAGCACGGGUGGCCGAAGGGUCUAAGCGUUGGAAUUUUAAUCCUGGGGUCAGUGGCUCGAACCCAGUUGAUUUUUACUUAUUUUUUUCUUUAUUUUUUUCUUGUUUUUUUUACUGGAGCUUUUUAGAUCCGAUGUUUACAUUUAUCAAUAUAAAGCAGUUAAUUACGAACUUCAAUAUCUUCCAAAAUCGGUGAACACUUUCCUUUAAGCCAGCCUAAUACUGUUGUUUCAUUAAUGUUUGUUUAUGUAUUUGACUUUUCUCUCAAUAGACGUAUUUAUAAAUGAUCUCUAUUCUUUUUUGAGCAUACUAUGUGAAGGGCGCGAUUAUAUCGUUAUCAAAUAAAGAAAUCGAGACCUUU